GUGCAGUAACACAGCAGUAGCUCCAAGUCUAACUGAACUAAAGUACACACGCCCUUACAUAUUUAUAAAAAACAGAACAGAUUUGAAAAUGAUGAAGAAACAGUUUAAUCGGAUGUUGCAGUUAGCGAAUCAUACUGUCAACAGAAGUGAGAACUCGGAGCUCCUCAGUGAAGAUCUCAUCCAGUUUGAAAACAGGAUCGAACCCACACGGAAAGCAACUUGUGUCACCUACAAGAGACUACUAUCCUGCCUUCAUGGCCAACAAGGUUCAGAUUUUGAUAAACGCCUGAAAAAGAUGCCGCUGAUGUUGCUGUCACAGAGCAUAGAGGACAGCUGCAGAGAGUUGGACAACGAGUCCCCCAUUAGGAAAAUGAUGGAGCUCUGUUGCUCAGUUGAAAACACCUUAGCAAAGGUCCUCAUUGAACACGAACUUCAAGUGGAGAGGGACGUCCUGGACCCACUGUACAAACUCUCGGAGGAGGAACUUCCAAAUGUUCUCAAACACAAGAAGCAGUUGGCCAAACUAACGCUGGACUGGACAGCUGCCAAGAAUCGGCUGAACCAAGCAACAAAGUCAGGCAACCAGGGAACACCUGUCUCAUCGACAACAACUAAACUGGACUUGCUGAAGGACGAUGUCGAAGAGAUGUGGAGACGGGUCGAACUGAGUAAGGAUGAAUAUGCAGCUGACCUAUAUCAUUUUGCCAGCAAGGAAGAGGAAUACUCCAAUUACUUCUACUCAUUAAUGGAAGCACAGGCUGAUUACCACCGGAAGUCUCUCCGAGCCUUAGAUGCUGCGAUGCCAACAGUGCGGCCUAGCCCCAGCCCCUCGGGUGGUUGCUCUGGGAAACCAGCCUUUGGACAGCCACUGGAGGAGCAUCUGAAAACCUGCGAGCGGGAAAUCGCUCUCCCCAUUGAGGCGUGUGUCAUGAUGCUGCUGGAGAAAGGCAUGAAAGAAGAGGGACUGUUCAGAUUAGCAGCUGCAGCUUCAGUCCUGAAACGGUUAAAAUCUGCUCUGGACAGUGGCUCCUUUGAUCCCAAUGAAUUCAAAUCUGAUCCACACGCUGUGGCAGGUGCAUUGAAGUCUUACCUGCGUGAAUUACCUCAGCCCCUCAUGACAUUUGACCUUUAUGAUGAGUGGUUCCAAGCUGCCAGUGAGAAAGAUCUUCCCAAGAAGGUUGAGAGACUGAGAGAAGUUUGUACUAAACUACCACCAGAAUCCUACAAUAACUUACGGUACCUCAUCAAGUUUUUGGCAAAGUUGGCGGAAUAUCAAGAAGUGAACAAAAUGAGUCCAAGUAACAUCGCUAUCGUGCUAGGUCCAAACCUCCUCUGGCCCAGGGAUGAAAGGAAGGUGUCGCUGAUGGACAUGGCGUCGGCGUCUUCUGUCCAAGUCGUCACGGUCAUGGAGCCCAUCAUCCAGAACGCGGAGAGGAUCUUCCCAGAAGAUUUAGAUUUCAAUGUGUCUGGAAAGUUUGGACCGAGUUUCCUGUCCUCCACCUGUGCAUCGCUGAGAAAAGACAGCACCUCGACAGAGCCGGCUGAGAGCAAUCCUCCUCCUGUUAAAGACAUUACCAUACAGAGGGAAGAGUGCGUGAAUGAGGAGAAUCCCACCGUUCCUCCUCCAGCUUUGACUCCCUCCACCUCCAGCAACGAGGCGAACAAGGUGGAGGCAAGUCCAGCCGUGCCUGGAUCCAAUCUGACUGUGCCUCCCGUCAACCAGUCGCCCAGGCACUCUCCGAGAAAGGCAAAGAAAACAGCGCCGAUACGGCCAACCUUCCCCCCACCACAGCAACCAAAAGCCAGCCUGCCCUGGACGUCGAACCCCGUGUGUGCCCCCUUGACCCUGCCCGUCGAUGAGAAAGGAGGCCUCACCCGGAGGGUCAGCACGGAUCCUGCAUGGGGCCUGUCAGCAAACCCACCUGCUGGGGCUACCUCCUCAGUCCCAGGAGAUGACAAGACCAUCACCGUGCGGCGUGCCACCACAGGCAUGCUGAAAGCACCAUGUAUGCCCCCUCCUCCUGUCCCGCACACCCACCAGCGAGCUGCCAGCAUGGAUUCACCCUACUCCAAAGUGGUCACUCAGCAGGCAGUUCCUGAUGACCCGGUCAGGGACCUGCAGGGGCCUACCCCUGAAAUGGUGACCCCUCCGCCUCGCUGUUACCAAGUUGGAUGGAGCAAGCAGCCCCAGCCAUUGCCCCGAAGCCGGGUCUAUUCUGCCAACCCAACAAUGCUUUCGAGAGUGAAUGCAAAGGUGAAUGACUCUUCCUCUGGAGAGGAAUAUGGACCCCAGGAGCAGCCAUCACCAGCAACCACAGAGGGCACAAAUGAGCAGUGCUGAUCCCAAAAUCCAAGUGUGAGAUUGGCCAGCAGCAGAGGUGAAGACUUGGAUGCCUCAUUGGUGAGCCCUUUCAUUGGCCAGUCAGCAGAGGUCACAAUCUGGAUAUUUCAUUGGCUAGCCCUUUGAUCAACAACACCCAACAAGCGGAUGUCAGCAUUUUGGAUCUUCCUUUUUGAUUGGCCAGUUUGCAGCCCAGAAGCAUCCUAUCAAGAGAGAAGGAUCCCGUUGGUACAGUCAAUGGGGUGAAAACCAAACACAAAGACUGAGGAUUGGAGAUCACGACAGGAGAGGUCGGUGAGACACCACAGGUCCAACAACAUCUGUGCGAAAAACAAGCUUGAAAAUUUGGUCAAAGUGACGUGGAAUGUUCCAAGUCUACCCAGGGGCCCUCUCCAACUGAAAAUGAUCCCUGUAAUGGUAUGAAGCGAUGCAGAGCAGAGGAGAUCCCUGAGAUGAUCCUGGGAUCUGGGACAUUAGUUGGUCACACAGGGACACAGAAAAGAGCGAGCUUUUAGUAAUAUGUCUUUUGCAACUUCAGGACAUCCCAAAGCUCUUUACAACCAUUAGCGUUAUUUUUUCUGAAGUGUAGUGCCUGCUGUAAUGUGGGAAAUGGAAAAGCCAAUUUAGAUUUAGAUUUUAUUAUCACGUGUUCAGGGAUACAGAAGCAGCAGAUCCACCAACGCUGCCUUCGCAAGAUCCUGCAAAUCUGUUGGGAAGACAGACAUGCCCACUCCAGCGUCCUUGACCAGGCCAGCAUUCCCAGCAUCGAGGCACUGACCCCCACCCCCUCUUCCCCUUGAUUGGCUGUGAUGGGCUGGACAUGUCGUCCCCAUGACUAAUACAAGACUCCACGAGCAGGUGCUCUCCUCCCAGCUCCGAAACAAUAGGCCAGCCCCCAGGGAAUGCUUCAGGGAUAUCCUCCAGGCCUCACUGGAGAAGUGCAGCAUUCCCACAAGCACCUGGGAAUCACUGGCCCAAGACCACCCAAAGUGAAGGUGGAGGAGCAUCCGGGAAGGCAUCAAGGCUUGCCGUCGGGAAAAGACAAAAGCCAGGUGAAAACAGCGAAAGGAGCCUCACCAGCAUUCCACCCACCCCCUUCCCACAACCACCAGCUGCCCCGAGUAUACCAAAGCCUGGGGUAGCCCCAUCAGUCUGUAUAGCCACCUAUGGACUCACCCUGAGAGUGGGAAAGAGUCACCGCCGAUAAUGGUGAUGAUGAUAAGUACAGUGAAAAGUGUACAAAGUCAUCAUUUUCCAGCACCAUUUCAGUGUACAAAAGAACAGGGUUAAGAUCAGAAGCAGAAAUAAAAGAAACAGCCAAAAGGAAAUGUCUGGAUCCUUUCCCAACCUCUGCCAUCAGUCCUCACUGUCAGAAAAACAAAGUCACAAACUGCAUCCUUCAGUCUAUGAACACUCAGGUUCCCCGAGUUCCCUCACACUGCUGCAGCUAGAUAACCACCAUCAGGUACCCAAGCAUAUACAGCAAGCUCUCACAAACCAGAUUCUGUUUUUGCGAUGUCAGUUGAGGGAUACUUAUUGGCCAGGACCAACUCCCAGGCUCCUCUUUGAAAGAGUGCCCUUGGAUCUCUGACACCGGGCUGGAUGGUGGGAGGGAUCUCAACUUAAGGACUCAUCUGAAAGGCAGCAGCUGCGACAGUUGCAGCACUCCCUCACUGGGAAUGUCAGUCUGGAGUAGGUGUUCAAAUCUCUGGAUUGGGGUUGUGAAUCAUGGUCAGGGGUUCCCCUGACUAAGCACUCUGACACCAUAGCAGACACUGCAAUUGGCCUCAGCACCCUGGUUGGCAGAGGGGAAAAAUAGGGCAAUUCCUGCUCCAGACCAUGAUUGAGAUCCUUCACUGGAAGGCAAGUGGAUCUCUCAGGAGGACCAGACCAGUCUGCACCUGAUGUCUCCAGAAUCCAAUAUAGAUUUGUCUUAGCUCUCACUUCAGAUAAAGUGAUGUAUCGUCCUCACUCACUUCUUGGAUAUUACCUUCCAAUCCCAGUCCCCGAUUAUUUGUACUUUUCUACAUUUCACCCAACUCUUAGCCCCCUG